AUGGAUUUCGGGUCCCUGGAGACCGUGGUGGCCAACUCGGCCUUCAUCGCUGCGAGGGGCAGCUUCGAUGGGAGCAGCGGCCCGUCCUCCCGGGACAGGAAGUACCUGGCCAAGCUCAGGCUGCCCCCGCUGUCCAAGUGCGAGGGCCUCCGGGAGAGCCUGGACCUGGCGUUCCCCAGCGUGUGCUCGGAGCAGCCCAUCGGCAAGCGGCUCUUCCGGCAGUUCCUGGAGGCGGACGAGCGGCACGCGCCGGCCCUGGAGCUCUGGAAAGACAUCGAGGACUACGACACCGCUGACGACGACCUCCGGCCGCAGAAGGCCCGCGCCAUCCUGGCCGCGUACCUGGACCCCCAGGCCAAGCUCUUCUGCAGCUUCCUGGACGCGGGGGCGGCGGCGCAGGCCCGGGAGGGGCCCGUGGCCAGCGGGGACGGGCUCUUCCAGCCCCUGCUGCAGGCGACCCUGGCGCACCUGAGCCAGGAGCCCUUCCGGGAGUACCUGGGCAGCCUGCACUUCCAGCGGUUCCUGCAGUGGAAGUGGCUGGAGGCGCAGCCCACGGGGGAGGACUGGUUCCUGGACUUCAGGGUCCUGGGGAAAGGUGGCUUCGGGGAGGUGUCCGCCUGCCAGAUGAAGGCCACCGGCAAGUUGUACGCGUGUAAGAAGCUCAACAAGAAGAGACUCAAGAAAAGGAAGGGGUACCAGGGUGCUAUGGUAGAGAAGAAGAUUCUAGCAAAGGUACACAGCAGGUUUAUAGUCUCUCUGGCCUAUGCGUUUGAAACCAAAACUGACCUCUGUCUGGUGAUGACUAUCAUGAAUGGAGGCGACAUAAGAUACCACAUCUACAACGUGAACGAGGAGAACCCCGGCUUCCAGGAGCCACGUGCUGUCUUCUACACGGCGCAGAUCAUCAGCGGCCUGGAGCACCUGCACCAGAGAGCCAUUGUCUAUCGAGACCUCAAGCCUGAGAACGUGCUCCUGGACGACGACGGCAAUAUCCGCAUUUCUGACCUUGGGCUGGCCGUGGAGCUGAAGGACGGGCAGACCAAGACCAAGGGCUAUGCAGGAACCCCAGGUUUCAUGGCCCCCGAGCUGUUGCGGGGUGAGGAAUACGGCUUCUCUGUGGACUACUUUGCCCUGGGGGUGACGCUGUAUGAGAUGAUCGCAGCCAGAGGACCCUUCCGCGCCCGAGGAGAGAAGGUGGAGAACAAGGAGCUCAAGCAGAGGGUCCUCUCCGAGCCUGUCAAGUACUCGGACAAGUUCAGCCAGGCCAGCAAGGACUUCUGCGAGGCGCUGCUGGAGAAGGACCCCGAGAAGCGCCUGGGGUUCAGAGACGGGACGAGUGACGGGCUCCGCGCCAACCCCCUCUUUAAGGACAUUAACUGGAGACAGCUCGAGGCCGGGAUGCUGACACCCCCCUUCAUCCCAGACUCCAGGACAGUCUAUGCCAAGAACAUCCAGGACGUGGGCGCCUUCUCCACGGUCAAGGGCGUGGUGUUCGACAAAACAGAUACUGAGUUCUUCCAGGAAUUCGCCACCGGCAACUGCUCCAUUCCCUGGCAGGAGGAGAUGAUCGAGACAGGCGUGUUCGCGGAGCUGAACGUCUGGCGCUCGGAUGGGCAGAUGCCUGACGACAUGAAGGGGGUCGCUGUGGAGGAGGCGGCCCCUGCGUCCAAGUCGGGGAUGUGUCUCGUCUCCUAGGUGUGCAG